CAAACAGGCUUUUACUGGGCCUGGGAACCAAAUCCAAACCUAAGGGCUCAUCAUCCAUGGGGAGCUCGACGUCGUCCCAGUCCCAGCAGCGGCGAUGGAGCCUGACCUCGGCGCUCGCCGGCGCCGGAGCCACGGCCGCGGCGGCCGGCGUCCUCCUCUGCCGGCCGCGGGACCCACGCUUCGAGCUCAUCUCCAUCAGCCUCUCCAGCUUCCAUUUCCGCCCCCCAGCAGCCCUAGACAUGGGGCUCACUCUGACAGUGCACGCCACGAACCCCAACGUGGUGCCCGUCCGCUACGGGGCCUCCACGGUGACCAUCCUCUACGGCGGCGACCGGCUCGGCACGGCGCGGCUCGACGCCGGCGGCCAGCCGGCCACCUCCUGCCGGCUGAUCCAGCUCCCCGCCAGGCUCGACGGCGUCGAGCUGGCCAGCCAUGCCGGGGCGAUCCUCGCCGAUGCGGCGAGGAGGCAUAUGGAGCUGGAUGCAGAGGUGGAGAUCGCUGGCGAGGCGGCGGUGAUGUUGUUCUGGGCCAGGAGGUUCUCUGUGAGGAUCCGGAGCCAUAUCGUCGUCGACCCGGUGUUCCUCGACGUCGUCGAGCAGGAUAGCAGCUCCCAGAUGCAGCUCUACCUCACCUGAGUCCUGAACUCGAAGGAAAUCACCCCCAACAAGUAGCUCUCUAUGUUUAAGUCUGAAUUCUCAAGCAUCAUCGUGUUAUCACACAACAAAAUGGUACACUCUCAUCGUAGAAUGUGGUGGAAUGCAAUGCGGUUCUGAGGAUUGCAAUGCAAA